CUGGAAGGUGGUAAUGUUUGACAGAGAGAGAGAAACACAAAGAGACACCUACAGCAAGCAGCAACACAGUUUUUUGUGGAGGCAAGGCCAGGCAGGGGUGCAGGGCCCCUGUCCCUCUUGCUCUCCUACCAUGAAGGGCAGACUUAAAGGUGCAUGGAUCAUCUCCUUGCUUUUGGCUGGCUUAUUUCAGCCCAACCUGGGACAGGAACAACAGAAGAUUUCAACAGGCUUUCCGUUACCUCACCAACAUGAGGAGACAAGAACCUGCUCACAUAUUCCUCUUUCUCAGCCGACCCAAGAUCGAGCCAAGGUGGCUUGCUAUGACUCAGUUCAAGGAACAAUCCAUGACUAUGGGGCUCUCACUAUAAAUGAUGAAUACAUCCCCUUCCGGAAUUAUUUGGGGAAGUUUGUCCUCUUUGUAAAUGUGGCCACCUACUGAGGACUCACAGCACAAUAUGUUGAACUGAAUGCACUACAAACUGCACUGGGAAAUGACCAAUUUGCUAUCCUUGGCUUCCCAUGCAAUCAAUUUGGAAAACAAGAACCUGGACAGAAUUCUGAAAUCCUCCUAGGACUAAAACAUGUCAGACCUGGGGGAGGCUUCGUCCCUAAUUUCCAGCUCUUUCAGAAAGGAGAUGUAAAUGGGGAGAACGAACAGAAAAUUUACACCUUCCUGAAGAACUCCUGUCCACCUGUUGUGGAAAACUUUGGUGACCCCGCGAAACUCUUCUGGUCGCCUCUGAAGCUCCAUGAUAUUAAAUGGAACUUUGAGAAAUUUUUGGUUGGUCCUGAUGGAAAGCCCUUGAUGAGGUGGUUUCACCGGACAAAUGUUGCUACUGUGAAGAAUGAUAUUCUAAGAAUCAUAAGGAAAAACACCACAAAUGGAUAGACUCCAUGCAAAUGAUGGAUUCAAGGAGGGGAGGGAGACUGCAGACAUAUCCAGACAUACUCAUUUUCUUCUGUCAAACAGCCAAUCAUCGAAAUAUCCUUUAUUCAAAGCUAAAAAAAAGUUAAGAUAGAAUUCACCCUAGAAGGUGCCAGUUCAUACACUAUUACUGAUAAAGUUUAACAUCAAAAUUGUUAAUCUUAACUGACAUAUUUCCAAGCAUAACUUUACAAAAGGAAGUUGACCUCAGUUUACUCCAGUGAUUGCUUUAAUUUCCACAGGAUGAACAUAGUAUUGGGAAACCAUUUUAGUUACUUCUGAUACUGCUUCAAAAGUCUGUUACUAGUGCAGCACAAAAACAAGAGGACCUUUGGGUUUUGUACCUCUAGGAUAUUAUAGUACUAAAGAAAAGUGGAGACUAUUCCUCACUUUCAUUAUUAACAUAUUGAUGCAAAACAUUCUCUACAAAUUUUAAAAACAACAAAAUUAAGGAUAAUUUUUUAAAAUGACUAGCUGUACGUUGAACCAUUGUGUCGCAAUGUUAAAGUCCAUCUAGUUUAUUUUUAGCAAUUUAAACUCAUUUCCAACAUUGUGUGAAUAUUAAAUGCUACAUUCAUUAAGAGUUUCCCACUUAAUUUUGUUGUUUUAAAUUGCUAAGAUAUUUUGUUCUUAGCAAAAUAUCAUCAGUCAUAACUCAGGCCAAGCUAUGCUUGUUCUCCACAUAACCAAGAGUCUCAUGGCACCUUUAGGCUGCAGAUUUGUAGUCUUUGUAAGAGACUCUCUCACAUCCCCAGCAUACUCAUGCCCUCCCCCAUUGACUCUUAUGUACAAUCCUUACUCACUAUCUGGGUUACACACAGUUCUAUUGGAAAUAGGAUUUCCCCUCCAAAAUAGAUGGAUUUAAUAGCCUUGGCAUUUCUGGAUAAAGUACAGUUUAUUUCCCUUCCUCAAAAUACAGAACAGAACCUCACGUAGCGAAUUUAUGAACUGGAAUUUCUCAAAUGACUUUGUUUCUGAGACAAGUGGAAGGAAGAUGGGACAAAGGAUUUAUGGGGCAAGGAAAAUGCAUCAGAAUGACGGUUAGGUCUGAAAACUCCCUAAGAGUGGGACCUGGCCUAAGACUGCAAGGCAGUGGAGUAGUUCUUAAGUGCAUUCAGCUACUUCACUACAAUCUUUGCAGAGAUGUAUUCCUUCCUAUUAGUCCCCAAAUCCCAGCUUCUCUGACCUCCACAUCUACUGUGUAAGAACACUGCCUAAUAAAAACAGCAAAUUCUCAAUGCA